ACAUGAAAUAAGAAACACAAUCACACGAUUCACACCUUUGGCUUCCAGCAAGAAGCCCUAGCUUUGGCCAUUUCUGAUUCUAUAGCAUUACUGAUUUUGGUUUCCGAAUAGCCAAAGAUGAUAGGAUUCGAUCGGGUCCUUGUUCAUCGUCUCCAGUCUUGCAAAGACAACUACCAAACCCUAGACGCCAUCAUCAACCAUCUCUGCAGGAAAUACCCGGAGUACAGUCGCAAGAAGCGCCAGCCUUUCACCAGAAUCGUCCAACAAGCCCUAGAGUCAUUGCAGCAACCCCACCGCAGCACCAAGAAAAAGAAGAACGAACCCUUGACCUCAAAUCUCGAUGAUGACAACCAAGAGUUCAGUGACAGCGCCCGCACUCGUAAGAGGCCCAAGAAGAUUAAUGAGAGCGAAGAGAGAUUGGUCCGUCGGGAAUUGGAGCACUACCGGAGGAUGCAGAGGGAUCAGGAACGUCCAUCCACGUCUUCAGAUUCGGAUUCGGAUUCGGAUUCGAAUUCGAGUUCGAGUUCCAGUUGUGAUAGCGAAGAUGGCGCGGUGUCGACGUCCGAAAAUGCAGAUGCCAUCUAUGAGGAGAAGGUGGAGCCGGAGUGUGAUUUGAUGAAGGAGAUGAUGCGAGCGACGUACGCCAAGUCGGCUUCGAAAAAUGUGGAGUCCAAAAAUGAAAAUCCGAGACUGAUUGAAGACAAGAAUAUCGAAUUGGAGGUUGGUGAUAAGCAGAAGAGUAAGAUUGGUAUGGUAGAAGGAGGUGGAGUUGGGAAGGGAUUGGGGAAGGGCUCGAAGAAAGAAGUGAAGGGUUCUGUUUCGACCGGUGUUGAGGUGAGUGGAAAGGAUGGGCCGAUGUUUAGUGAUCUUGGAGGGAUGAAAAUCGUGGUGGAGGAGUUGAAGAUGGAAGUGAUUGUUCCGCUGUAUUAUCCAGAAUUGCCUCGUUGGUUGGGAGUACGCCCAAUGGCGGGAAUUUUGUUGCACGGGCCGCCUGGUUGUGGAAAGACCAAGCUGGCUCAUGCCAUUGCUAAUGAGACUAAAGUUCCAUUUUACAAGAUAUCAGCGACUGAGGUGGUCUCUGGUGUAUCAGGUGCAUCAGAAGAGAAUAUUAGGGAGCUUUUCUCAAAAGCAUACAGGACUGCACCAUCAAUUGUUUUCAUUGAUGAAAUUGAUGCAAUUGCCUCAAAAAGAGAAAACCUAAAUAGGGAGAUGGAGCGACGGAUUGUGACACAGUUGAUGACUUGCAUGGAUGAAUCCAACAGACUUGUACAACCUGCAGAUGGAGAUAAAGAAUCAGAAAUCUCUGAUCACAAACCUGGUUAUGUUCUUGUCAUAGGAGCCACUAAUAGGCCUGAUGCUGUUGACCCUGCACUAAGGAGGCCAGGGCGUUUUGAUCGUGAGAUUGCUUUAGGUGUUCCGGAUGAAAGUGCUAGGGCUGAUAUUCUUUCAGUAAUUACACGCAAUCUUAGACUUGAGGGUACUUUCGAUCUUGCAAAAUUAGCUAGGUCCACACCAGGGUUUGUUGGAGCUGAUUUGGCAGCUCUGGCCAACAAGGCUGGUAACCUUGCCAUGAAGAGAAUUAUAGACAGAAGAAAGUUUGAGCUGUCUAGAGAACUAACAGAUGAAGAACAUAUUGAAGAUUGGUGGAGGCAGCCAUGGUUGCCUGAAGAGAUGGAAAAACUUAGCAUUACAAUGGCAGAUUUUGAGGAAGCAGCUAAAAUGGUUCAGCCCUCUUCUAGAAGAGAAGGAUUCUCUACCAUUCCAAAUGUAAGGUGGGAAGAUGUUGGAGGGCUUGAUCUUUUAAGGCAGGAAUUUGACCGUUACAUAGUUAGGCGUAUUAAAUACCCUGAGGAUUAUGAGGAAUUUGGUGUGGAUUUAGAGACAGGAUUUUUGCUUUAUGGGCCUCCUGGCUGUGGUAAAACACUAAUUGCCAAGGCUGUUGCAAAUGAAGCAGGGGCCAAUUUCAUACAUAUUAAGGGCCCUGAACUUCUGAAUAAAUAUGUUGGAGAAAGUGAGCUGGCAGUUAGGACACUAUUUAGUCGAGCAAGGACAUGUUCUCCAUGCAUACUAUUUUUUGAUGAGGUGGAUGCUUUGACAACAAAGCGUGGGAAGGAAGGGGGAUGGGUUGUUGAGCGGCUUCUAAACCAGCUAUUGAUAGAGUUAGAUGGUGCAGAUCAGCGGCGGGGUGUUUUUGUUAUUGGUGCCACAAAUAGACCUGAGGUGAUGGACCGUGCCGUGUUACGGCCUGGUAGGUUUGGGAAACUUCUUUAUGUGCCUUUGCCUAGUCCGGAUGAGCGUGGGUUGAUCCUAAAAGCUCUUGCUAGGAAGAAGCCUAUAGAUGCCAGUGUGGAUUUGAUUGCCAUAGGACAGAAAGAGGCUUGUAACAAUCUAAGUGGGGCUGAUCUUUCUGCACUGAUGAAUGAAGCAGCCAUGGCUGCUCUGGAAGAGAAACUCUCAGAUUGCAGUUCAGGUGUAAUUUCAUGGACUAUAAAUGCAAAACAUUUUGACCAAGCACUUGGGAAAAUCUCUCCAUCUGUCUCAAACAAGCAAAAACACUUCUACCAGGUUUUGUCAGAAAGCUUCAAAGCAGAAUGAGAAGAACACUUGUACAUGAAAUGCAGUGACUGUUUGAGCUGGCCAAAUUGGACAUUUUCAGCAUGGCUAAGGCAGUUGUGAGUGCCACUUCUUAAAACCAACCUUGGAAGGCAUUUUGCGAGAAACAUAGAAGCCCACUUUUUGAUGUCAAAAGGUACCAUUUAGUGCUCGUUUGGGUACACUCUUUGUUUUUUAUUUUUAAAAACAGAAAAUGAUAGUAACUCCUAUACAAGAUGCAAAUACUUUUUGAAACUUACCUUAAAAAUAGAAAACAUGAAGUGUACCCAAAUAAGCAUUUGGUUGUUCGCUUCUUUUAUUUUUUUGUAAUUUGUUUUGAGUAUCACAAGAACAUUAGUGGUAUUUCCCAAAAUUGGGAAGCAAAUUUUGUAGCAUACCUGACCAUUAUUUGGCUAACCUGUUUCUCUUUCCUUGCAAUUUAGUAAUAUUGGACAGAUUGGCUGUCUUACUAGAGAAGAGAUGCAUGUAUUUUUCACUAAGUAACUUGGUACUAGUACACUAAUUUAAACACUUGCAAUUUUGUA